AUGAUCUGGUAUACUUGCAAUAUUUUCCAUCCCAAUCUCGAUCUCCACAAGAAUAAUUGUAAUCCGGAAGUUCUAAUGCGAAAAAAAAAGUGUAGAAAUUUCUGUUCAUUUGCUCAAAAUUUGAAAGUUUGUGCAGCUCUAAGUGUCGGGGGCAGUGGGAAAAGUUAUGGAGGAAAAGGCCAAGUCUCAUGCACACAUGGUUACAAGUCGGCAAACCGAAUCACAGCCAAGGCUAGCGACGAAUGGAUUAAACGGUUCGUAGCAACAAGAAAUAAUUCGAAAACACGAAGAUCCCAAACACAAUCCGAAAUCAACAACCUAUUACCUUUGACAGGAUUUAAUGCGGUAUCACAUCAAACGGUCUCGAAGCAAGGAAAUCUUAUUUGGCUUGUUUCCAAAAGGAGUCUUAGGAAGAAUGAGGGAGGAAAAGGAAUGCCUUCUGAUUGGCUUACGUGGAAGGCGUUGUCAUUGUUGGCGGCGAAGUAUUCAAAAGGAUUCUCUCAGAUACGACCGAAAUUAUCCAAAAAUUGUUCUUUCUCUUCCUCUCUCCUCUCGCAGGAUUCUUCCAGGGAUUCGCUGAAUAGCUGA